AUGCCCAAAAAAGAGAAGAAGUCUUCAGACUCAAAGGCUUCGUCCAAGGCAACAGCCAAAGCAGCAAAGAAGGACAAGGCUGCUAAAUCCGCCGAGAAGCAGAAAGACAAGAAAGCAAAGAAGCACAACGACGACGAUGAAGAGGACUUGGAAGCAAUUCUCGAGCAAUUCCAAAGAGAUACACAGGAAAAUACUCAAGUCACUGAAGAAAUCCUUCAAAACCCUCCAAGUAGACGAGCGAACGGCACUCUCACUCCAGACCCCUCAAAUGCCCAUCUGUGGCUUAUCGGUGGCGACUACUACGAUGGUCAUCGUCUCCACACCUACCACAACGUUUACCGCUUCGAUCCAGCUAAAGGCGAUUCCGGUGAGUGGAGGGAAUAUAAGAGCAAGAACGCUCCAGCACCCCGCUCGGCCCACCAGACCGUAUUUACUGCUCAAGGUGGUGGUAAAUUGUGGCUAUUCGGUGGUGAGUUUGCUGGUCACUCCACUUUCUAUCAUUUCUCCGACUUCUGGUGCUUCGAUAUCACAACCAAAGAAUGGGAUAGGAUUGAUACUAAGAUUAGACCAUCUGCGCGCUCCGGUCAUCGUAUGACUGUGUUCAAAAACCUUAUCAUUAUCUUCGGGGGCUUCCACGAUACAGGCGUCAGAACCACGUAUCUAGACGACCUCUGGGUAUUCUCGAUGGAUGAUUUCAAAUGGCGCAAGAUCGACUUGUCCCCUCUCGAACGCAAGCCUUGUCCUAGGUCUGGUUUCUCCUUGUUGUCGUGUCCUGAGCAGAAUGAAGUUGUGGUUUAUGGAGGCUUCUGCAAGACAUACGAGAAAGGCAAACGUCCAGUGGCUAAAUCACUCGACGACUGCUAUGCGUUAAAAAUAACUAACGACGAGCACAACAUCACGUCUUUCAAAUGGGACCGUCGCAAGAAAGUUGGUUAUGUUCCAAGCCUCCGAUCAGGCGCAACUAUGACCUACUGGCCUGCCAAAAGUAUGGGUGUUCUUUUCGGUGGUGUGUCUGACAUAGAUGAUUCUGAGGAAUCGCUGCAAUCUAUUUUCCACAAUGACCUUUUCGGCUAUAAUCUCCCAGGCGGAGGGAAAUGGCAGUCGCUCAACCUCCGCAAACCCAAAAAAGCAGGCGCGAAGAAAAAGUCUGCCAAGAAGAAGGCUGCUAAGGCCGCUAAGGCUACUGCGCAGGAUGAUAGUGAUAAUCAUCCAGACGGGAGUGAAAGUGAAGAUGAGCAAGGUACAGGUGCAAAUAUAGAUACAGAUGCAGAUACAGAUGAUCCACAAAAAACCACCCCCAUGCCACGGUAUAAUGCCAUGUUGGCUAUCCUUCGCAAUACUCUCUACAUAUUCGGUGGUAUUUUCGAACAGGGGACACAGGAAUUCACUCUCGAUGACAUGCACUCCCUUGCGCUCGAUAAGCUGGAUAGAUUCAAGUGCAUUCAAGAGUGCCACGUCGUUGGUAUCGAAGAUGAGCAGGAUGACGAUGAUGACGAGGAUGACGACGACGAUGAGGGAAGUGAAAAUGAGGGUGAUGAUGACGAGCAAGUGAAUGGCGAGGAGGUGCAAGAAAAGCUGCAAAUCCAUUACACAACCGCACAAGACGCACCUUCUGAAAACACCCACACUGAAGAUGAAAGUCUCCCACAACCUGGUGAAACGCUUCGCCAGUUCUUCGAGCGUACCAAAGAUAUGUGGGUGGAGGCAGCAUCGCGGAAAAUGCCAGAAGCGAAUGCCAAGGAAUUGCGAGGAGUUGCCUUCACGCUCGCAGAAGACAAGUACGAAGAACACAAGCCGAUAUUACGAGAAAUUGAGGCCAUGAUCAGAGACAGUGGCGCUGAGCCCAUCGCUGCAAAAGCUCAACAACAGCCCGGAGCAACAUCUAGAAACCGCCGUUGA